AGUAGGCCUUGAGGAGGUAUACGAGUUUACAGGCCUUAAGCAUUAAGCAGGCCUUGAUCGAACCGAUCAGUCGGCUUGAAAACGGAGUUUUGGCGUCCAAAACGUUUGGUUUGUUAUGGUCACAACAGCCAACAAGUUGUUUUAAAUCCAUAGUUAACAUGUCUUGUAGUGAAGAUCACCUUAACGAAUACCAAGAACCACUUGUUGGCAACAAAAUGACAGAAGAAGAAAUAGUGAAAUCACUCCUUUCGUCAUCGUCUGUAAGAUUGGAAGACUUGAUACCUAGUGGUCCUUUGAGAUCUAUUGAUGCUGCUAGAGUGGCAACUUGGAUUCUAUGUCAACAUGCGCAGAAAAGAAAUAGUAUGAGGAUAAUGCAGCGGAUAAAGUGGUUAACCGCUGUUGUCCAAUAUGGGAUUGUGGAUUCUCUAACUGAUCUUGGAAAGCUUUUUAACCCUCUACUACAGCUAGUUUUCAUCUCUAAAUAUCAAGCUUCUAUUUGUCAUCUACUCUAUAUGAUUGCAACACCAAACUUGUACCAAUUUCAAAUAGAAAGGAUUAUGAAGAAUGCCAAUAUAGUGGGACUUACCAAACCAUUAGCUGGUCUCCUAGGUCGGUUGAAAUCCCUUCGCCCAGAUUUAGUUCCACAAACAGUCCCAUAUCAAACCAACACUAUUUCCUUCCCAAAAGCUCCAGUCUCCAUGUGUGCUGGUCUCUUUGCACUUUCUGAACGAAUCAAAGAAAAUGCUGAGAACACCAAUCAAAUCACAUUUUCCAUUAAUAGUGAGCAAAAAAGGGCCACCAAAAAGAUGAGACUAGAAAUUAUACCAAGAGUCCAGCAUAUCUACCUGGAAUCAUCAUCUGAAGUUGACUUCCAGAAGAUUGUACCUUUGUCCCAGUUACAUAGAUUUCAGGACAUACUUAGUAAGAUAACUACAGUUCGACUGCCUAACCAUAUUGGAUCGCUACUAAACAAGAGAGAACAUCACUAUGUACUGUUCUUGAGGUUUACACCUCAUGUGGAUGGACAGUUAUCUCAGUGGCUUUAUCUUACUCUUCGUUACGAGUUCAUCGAAAAACCCCAGUCUCAAGGCAGAGAAGGAAAGACACUGCUUCUAGACAGAAUCAAAGAGUUCCAGGAAUGCACGGGUCGAAAGCUGCUGGCUGUUUACAAUUUUCUAUCGGAAUAUCUCCGCAUAUGGGAUGGAAUCCAGUUCAGUGAUCAAAUUUUGCAGCUUCUGACGCAGAUUACGUUUCUUCCAUACUCGGAUCUCUACAACAAUUUUUUGCGAAUUCUGGAGGACCUAUUUCAUUCCUGUCACACACCGUACAGAUUAAAAAUCAUUGAUUUUUGCCAAAAGCUGAUUCAAAAUUUGCUUAUUGAAAAGUUUGGACGUGCUGCACGGGCUAAGGCAGUAUUUUAUAAAUCAAACGAAGCAGCGCCAGAGGAAGAAAUAGAAAAAUUGGUAGAAGGUGUCUAUGUCGUCAGCGAAGUUAUUCGAUUUGCCGAACGCCUUUUGAACACGGCCUUGAUGUCUUCUACUGAUCUUUCGUUGGUUCUCAGGUCCGUUUUAUUUCAUCUCUGGCUAAUAGAUGUAGAAUGCGAAUUUGAAAUGCCGUUCCGAACAUUUUGCCAACCAGUGACCGUUUAUUCGGCUUUGUUUUCAACUUCUCCAGUACUUGUUGCGCUUCUGUGCCAGCUUCUGUGCAAGUACAACACGCUUGGGCUGAAACCGUUGAUGAAUCUAUCAACUUUUCCUGAGCUCGAAGACUUCCGUCGAGAUUCGUUGGAUAACGCGUCAAUGUUAAAUCGCUACAUUAUUGACGUAUCGAGUUGCCUAGUGUAUCAAAAGGCCUUUGUCUCAGAUACGAAUUCGCUGUUAUCCUUAACUCCGCGGAGCAGCGUAAAGAAGUUGUCCAAGUUGGGUUCUUACAAGGCAGCUUUUGAUUUGAAAAGACAUCCUGCUUUCAUGGGUAUUGCCCGCGAAUGGAUCAAAUCCAAGCCUGGUUACUCUGCCAACGCGCCGACUGAAUUCAAGACGUAUGAGCAAAUUGAAGCCGAUUCGGAAAGUUACAUCCGCUAUCUGUUUAGCUAUUUUCCAACAAUUCGAGAAUAUAUACAAGAAUUUCAUCGUGCCUAACGCAGAGAGAGAGAGAGAGAGAAAGUAUCCGGAUCUCCUUUAACGUUUUAACAAAGAACCAACGCUUUUUGUUUUUAACCAAUAACCAACGCUUUUAGUUUUUACCAUGUUUAAGAGACUUGUUCAUAACUUGUUAUUCGAUAAAAUUCAGGUACUGUCCGUAGCAAUUUUUUCAUUCAGCCAUAAUUUCAACGGCCUGAUAAUUUGCUAGUUUCGGACAAACAAAUGAAUAAAAUAUUUCACAAUA